GCAUCUCACAUCCGGACGUCCCGCGCUCUAUUCCCAGGCAGAGAUUAAUUUUAUUGGUUCAAGGGGUCUCGUGAAAGUGGUGAAAACGGUUUUGAAGAUGUCGUGCGCGCGCCCCUCCUUCAGAAAGAUUGUCAUGUGACAGCGCGCAGCCCUGUAAAGAGAUAGAGAAGGAGGACAGACGGUCGGAGACUUUAACACACAGACACAGUAAGAGUCAGAACAUCGCAGAAACUAGGAGAAUACGCUGAAGUUUACUAUAUGUAGCCUUUUGUGCAUAUCGUUUUUUUUACAAUUACUCUUUAAACAAACGUAGACGUUUGCAACAUCGGAAUGAAACGCACUGCAUAACUUGCUCAAAACUUUUUUUACAAGAAUAGACAUGAAGUAGCCUACCUGACAAAUGAAGUCCCCGAAUUUAUCAAGACGUAAAAUUUCCACAUGUGCACUCGGAGUGUUUUCAAGACAUUCUCUCUAAGCUUAAGGUAAUUCGGAAAAUGCCUCGUCCUGGAAGAAACACGUACAGCGAUCAGAAGCCGCCGUAUUCCUACAUUUCUCUAACCGCUAUGGCCAUUCAGAGUUGCCCUGAGAAGAUGCUCCCGCUCAAUGAAAUCUACAAGUUCAUCAUGGACAGAUUUCCUUAUUACCGAGAAAACACGCAGCGCUGGCAAAACUCCUUGCGCCAUAACCUUUCCUUCAACGACUGCUUCAUAAAGAUCCCGCGGAGACCCGACCAGCCAGGGAAAGGCAGUUUCUGGGCUCUGCAUCCCAGGUGCGGUGACAUGUUUGAAAACGGGAGCUUCUUAAGACGCCGCAAGAGAUUCAAAGUGAUGAUCACAUCCGAGCACCUGCAAAAACCCACGGAAGCUGCGCACUACCUCCAGCAACAAGCAAAACUGAGACUGACUGCUUUAGGGACACAUCUACCUCAAAUGACCGGCUACAACUUAAGUGUUUCUCAACCGUCCACCUUCAAACAUCCGUUUGCCAUCGAAAACAUCAUUGCCAGAGAUUACAAAAUGCCAGGAAGUCUUGCUUUCUCCACGAUGCAGACCAUGUCUACGGGUUACCAAAUACACAACCAGCUGAGCACAGCUUGGCCCCACAUGUACAGCAGUAAUGUGAUUGACACGAUGUCCAGUGCCGAGUAUAGUACUGCCUAUGGAGUACCGCUUAAAUCCUUAAGUCACGGCACACAGAGUUUACCGGCGAUCCCUGUACCGAUCAAACCCACUCCAUCAUCGGCUCUCCAUGCGCACCUUCCAGCUUUCCUCUCCGGCACUCCACAGUCCCUGAGCCCGACGUCUCCACAGACAGCGACGAGCCAGAGCAGCCCUGUCACACCGUCCCCGACCUCCUUGAUCCACUCGGUCGCCGUUCACUGUCAGGAGGUCACUUAAAACUUUAGAAAAAAAAGAGACUUUCAUGCAUCAACUACACGACGAAUAAAGGCAAGAAAAGGAAAAUAAAUUUGGCCUGCUUAACCAAAACAAACUCUGAAAGUUUAAACAGACUAUAACAAAUUAUCUGGAGCUAAAUAUUCUGUUAAGUCUGUUUCUCUAAUAUUCAUAAAGUUAGGCUACCUCAUAUUAUUCAUCAUGUUUAUAUAAGAAUCAUUGAAGAGAAAUGCACAAGGAACAAAAAUGAAAAUAAGUGAACAAUCGUCGAGUUCGAAGUUUUGGGCAAUAGUUCAUUACAGGUUUAAUCUGACCCUUACGAAAAUUAACCGUUUGGUUUUAUUAUAUAAAAGUAUAGGAACAUGUUUUUAGUGUAUUGGUUAUCAUUUUUAAAGUCAUUGUUUAUUACAAAAACUAUGGUUGUUGUAACAAAAACAUUAUUUUGUUGUAUAUCUUAAGAUAACUAUACAGUAACCAUGUUUUUUGUGUGUGGUAAAACCAUAGUUAAUUUUCCUAAGGUAAUUUGAUAUUCUUCAUGUAGAUCAUUUUAAAGUUGGGCUUUGUUUGCCUGGGCUCGUCGACGUACAUGGAGUAAAUAGGAUUGCAUGAAUAAGCACAGAUGCUGCGGUGUUUCCAUGUGGCACAGUAAAAAAACAUUGAAAAACUUUUACAAUGCACUUUUGGUGUGAUGUUACAAGAGCUACUGUUCUGUGAAUAAAGCUCAGCCUAACUUAUCCGCUUCGAUGAAAAUAUAUUAUGAAAGCUGUAUAUACGUUUCCUGUAAAUGUUAAUAUGCUCUGUUGUAUUUGCUAGCAUGCUGCUUUUCACGCGUAUGAAAUAAAAUGCAAAAUUUGUCAUUAAACCUCAUUAAGAUUU